CAUCCGACGUGGUCGUCUGUAGCAAAGGUGAUACGACUAUACAACACAUCGAAAGCUCACGAUGAGGAUCACCGAACUAAUCAUCGAUGGCUUCAAGUCAUAUGCCGUGCGUACGGUCAUAUCAGGGUGGGAUCCGACUUUCAACGCGAUCACCGGAUUGAAUGGAUCCGGCAAAUCAAACAUUUUGGACGCCAUCUGUUUCUGCUUGGGCAUCGGUCGCUUUGAGCUCUUACGAGCAAAUGGAGGUGCUAGCGAUCUCAUCUACAAACGUGGACAGGCUGGAAUCACCAAAGCCUCAGUGACCCUUGUAUUCGACAACAGCGACAAGGCCAAGUCACCGAUUGGCUUUGAGGACUAUGGAAGCAUCAGUGUCACCCGGCAAAUCGUGCUAGGAGGCACCAGUAAAUAUCUCAUCAAUGGACAUCGUGCACAACAACAAACUGUGCAGAACCUCUUUCAGAGCGUGCAGCUGAACAUCAACAACCCGAACUUCUUGAUUAUGCAGGGUCGGAUAACGAAGGUUUUGAACAUGAAGAGCACGGAGAUUUUGGGUAUGGUAGAAGAAGCGGCGGGGACGCGCAUGUUCGAGGAUCGAAGGGAGAAGGCAUUGCGGACCAUGAGCAAGAAGCAGGCUAAGGUAGAAGAGCUCGAAGGAUUGCUGAAGGAUGAGAUUGAGCCCAAGCUGGAAAAACUGCGAAAUGAGAAGCGCGUCUUUUUGGAAUUUCAAAGUACGCAGAACGACCUUGAGCGCCUGACAAAACUUGUUGUAGCACAUGACUAUGUGCGACUGAAGCAAAAGAUGGAGCAGAGCGCCCAAGACCUUGUGGCGAAGAAACAAAGAUCCACCGAACUGGAGGAGAACGCCUCAAGGUUACAGCGAGAAAUCGGAGUCUUGGAGGAGGACGUACAAAGGGUCCGCGCGACUCGCGACAAAGAGCUUCGGAAAGGAGGGAGAUUCGCUAAAUUGGAGCAGGACGUCAAAACAUAUUCGGAAGACGUUGAGCGGCUGCAGACUAAGCUGGAACUCGCCAAUGGAGCCUUAGCAGAAGAGAAAGAGCGGCUUAAAAAGGCACAGGCUUCAGUGAAGGAGUGUGAGAAAUUGCUCGGUCAAAAGACAAGCGCCUCUCAGAGUUUGCGGCAAAAUUUUGAAGAAGCCAGCGCAAGUUUGAAGGACCAGACCUCUGAGGUAGACAAGAAGGAAGAGUUGCUACAGACGCUCUUGACCGGUAUCUCAUCGAACGCCGGCUCUGACGGCGGGUACGCUGGUCAACUGGCAACAGCGCGCGAGAAUGCCAGUAAAGCUAGCACAGAGAUUGAACAGUCAAAGUUGAAGAUUAACCAUCUGGAGUCUCGGAUCAAGGAGGAUGAGCCGCGUGCCAAGAAGGCCGAAAAGGAGAACGCCAGCUUACUCAAGGGGCUUGAGUCGUUACGAACACAAGCGGCGAAAAUAAAGAAGGACCUGGAAAAGCUCGGAUUCGAACCCGGAAAAGAAGAGCAGCAACAAGCAGAGCGCAAUCAAUUGCAGAAGCGUAUACGUGUGCUACAAGCGGAUGCUGAAGCAUUACGACGCCAAGUAGCAGGCUUGGACUUCUCAUAUAGCGAUCCGACAGCCAAUUUCGACCGGCGACGUGUCAAGGGUCUUGUCGCACAGCUUUUCAGAUUGCCUGUGGAUUCUACAGAAGCCAGUACGGCGCUCGAGAUCUGCGCAGGAGGACGUCUGUACAAUGUUGUGGUAGAUUCUGCGCAGACUUCAUCCUUGCUGAUCGAAAAUGGCAAGCUCAGACGAAGAGUAACGAUUGUGCCCCUGGACAAGAUUGAUGCAUCAAGAGCGUCAGCAGACAAAGUGCAGCACGCAAAGAAACUUGCGCCAGGUAUGGUGCAUCUAGCACUUAAUCUCAUUGGAUACGAACAUGAAGUGGAAAAGGCAAUGGAGUACGUGUUCGGCAACACGUUGAUCUGUGCUGAUGCAUCUACCGCCAAGAAAGUUACAUUCGAUCCUGCAGUGCGCCUCAAGAGUGUCACUGUUGAAGGAGAUGUGUAUGAUCCGAGCGGUACGCUUUCGGGAGGUUCAGCAGCGUCAGGGAAUGGUGUACUACUGAAGCUUCAGAAGCUCGAUGCGAUCACUCAAGAAUUGCAGAGCGAGGAGUCCAAGCUCGCUGAUUUAGAAGCGGUCAUCGCUAGAGAUGCCCAAAAGCUGCAGAAUGCACGUCAACUGAAACAGGAGCUCGAUCUGAAGGAUCAUGAGAUUCACCUGGCAGAGUCACAGAUCUCAAGCAAUUCCUCAAGUAGCAUUAUUGCAUCCGUGCAGGAGAUGAAGGAAAACAUCGUUGCGCUCAAAUCCACCAUAGAGGAUGCCAAGCAGCGUCAGGCUGAUGCUCAGGCGGAAGUGAAACGUGUCGAAAAGGACAUGAAAGACUUUGCUUCGAACAAGGGCGCAAAGCUCGAACAGCUGCAGACUGAUCUCAACAGGCUCAAAAAAGCAUUGGCAAAAGCCGAAAGCACGAUCAAGCCUUUAGCGCAGCAGCUUCGCGAGGCCAACAUCGAUGCCGAACAAGCGAGUAGUGACCUGGCCACAGCACAAGAGGAAUUGGAAGAGUCACAAUUUGCAGUGCAGAGCGGACAAGAAGAACUCCGGUCACACCAGACAGAAUUACGAACAGUCCAGGAGCGCCAAUCUGAGGCGGAGGCCGCAUUAAAUGACGAACGCAUGAAGCUCAGCAGCUUCGAUAACGAGAUUGCCGAACUUGAGAAAACAUCUAAACAAAAAGCGCAAAAGAUCUCGGACGAAGCUAUCGAGAAGCAGAAGCUGGGACACGCCAUUGACAAUUUCGCCAAAGCCCAGCAGGCCGCAUCACAGGCUGUCUCGAAUCUGGAGAAGGAGCAUGACUGGAUUGCGGAAGAACACACUUCAUUUGGCCGAUCAGGCACACCUUACGAUUUCCAUCACCAGAAUAUGGCAGAAUGCAAGACCAAUCUUGUCGGUGUGACGGAGCGCUUCCAGGGUAUGAAGAAAAAGAUCAACCCGGCCGUCAUGGCGACCAUCGAUAGUGUCGAAAAGAAAGAGUCUGCACUCAAGAAUAUGAUGCGCACAAUCAUUAAAGACAAGCAGAAGAUUGAAGAUACCAUCCUCGCCCUGGAUGAAUACAAACAGGAGGCUCUGUUCAAAACCUGGUCAAAGGUCAAUGCCGACUUCGGCCUCAUCUUCAACGAUCUCCUCCCAGGCAAUACCGCGAAACUGGACCCUCCUGAAGGCAAGACCAUCUCGGACGGUCUCGAGGUUAAAGUCUGCCUGGGUAAAGUCUGGAAGCACAGUCUCACAGAGCUUAGUGGUGGGCAGAGAUCACUCAUCGCACUGAGUCUGAUCCUGUCGCUGCUGCAAUACUCACCUGCGCCGAUGUACAUUCUCGACGAGGUCGAUGCGGCAUUGGAUCUCUCACAUACGCAAAAUAUCGGUAGAUUGAUCCGAACUCGCUUCAAGGGCAGUCAGUUCAUCGUGGUCAGUUUGAAGGACGGCAUGUUUGGGAAUGCUAAUCGGAUUUUCCGCACGAGAUUUAUGGACGGCACAUCCGUUGUACAAGCGCUUACGCCAGCGGACAUGAAGUAAUGUACGCCCUCGAUCUGCAAUGGCUUUGGACACUUGAGACCUUGAUGAAAUAUAUAGAUUGGGCAGCGAGUUUUGGCGCAGGAUUACUGUUGCGGUGCAAUUUUCAGGGCAGAUGCCAUGUGAUGAUGAGAUCGUGCGGCAGGUCCGCUAGAAUGAAUGCAGGUGUUAAUCGUUUCUUGACGGCGUUCUUCGCAUGUGUCGGGCACAAAUGGCGGAGGCCGCCCGCCCCGCCCACUUUGGGCUGCACCGACGGCGUCUAGAUUGCGCUGAUCACCAGGAUGCUGGGACUGUUGACCUCAUUGCGUGCAUGUCAUGUAUGUAUGGAUGGGCUGCGCAUGACAUACCAUGGCAUAUUAGAUGGGACAUAUUGCUCUUUCUAGAAACCAGGUCGGUCGGGAGGCCGUCCAAUUCGAU